UUCUGCAACCUGCACAUGAUGAUCAGCACUGAGUCUUAUCUCGGUCUCUAGCCCUUCCUCCCGAACUUGGACUCUUUCCAGGCCCGACAACGGUCAACUCUUGGCCGCUGCUGCCUCACCAGGUCACCCACAACUUCGACAGCGCCCGAGGAGCAGCCCCGCGAAGGACCCUGUGGACAUGAGGCAGCGCCGGCCACUCCCGUUGCCACGGACGCCCCCCCUCCUCCUCCUCCUCCUCCUCCUGCUCCCUGGGGGUGCCAGCAGCACCUGCGAGGUGGGCACGGCCAACGAGUGCAAGCGGGCGGCGCCUGUGCCCGGCGCCAGCCUGGCCGGCGAGGGCUACGACGUGGUGCGGCUGGCCCCCACCGGGGCCCACGUGGUCAACGCCCACUCCUGGCGCCGCGCCGACGGCACCUGCACCCUGUGCCGCAACGAGCUGAUGGGGGGCGCCGGGCAGCGGCUGCCCCGGGCGGUCUCGGACUGGGGGGUGCGGCAGGACUGUAGCCGCCGGCUGCGCAGCACCCUGUACGAGUCGGCCUCCGAGCUGGCCGGCGCCGGGGACGAGGUGGUCGACCGCUCCUGGAGCGCCAGGUUGGAUGUCCGGCCCAAGCCUGGGUCCGGGGCCAGCGCCGUGUUGGCCGGCGCCAAGUCCCGCGCGGUCAACUUCGCCCACCGGCGCUCGGCCUCCGACCGCUACAGCUACGCCAGCCAGAGCGUCCGCUGCCAGCUCUACCACUGCCGCCUGCGCCACCGGCCCCCCCUUGCCCCCCAGUUCGUACAGCUGCUGCGGACCCUGCCCCCCAGGCUGGCCCCCCACACCCGCUUCUUCUACGAGCGCUUCCUGCGCACCUUUGGCACCCACUACAUCACCGGGGUGAGUCUCGGCGGAAGCUUCCGGGACGUGACGGCUGUGCGGACCUGCCAGGCAGCGGCCGAAGGGCAGACGGCGGAGGAGGUGAGGGACGUUGUGGCGGAUGGGUCUAGGCCUCGCCUUGAAGUCUUAGCAUCUCCCAGAAUGGAACGAGGGGCGAACAGUCCAGCCCAGUUGGACGACCAUGGAGAGCGACUGGAGGUGGAUGGUGUUGUUACCCACCUCCCGGGCUGCAGUUGGGUCAAGGAGGUUGUGUACCUUGAGUCCCGAAAUUGGCGUUAUCCAGAGCGCCAACGGCGUGAGCUAGAGCUGAUCCGUCCGUGCCAGUGUCACACAAAUCUGAGGCGGCGCUUUCGGCUGGAGCGUGACGGCUUGACAAAGCCAAGGCUCUUCUCGGUCGCCGUGAGCGUUCUUGCCGUUGAGCCGCCCCGAAGGCCUGUUUGUAUCCCUCCUGGCGACAAAGAUGGCCACCUAAUCGUGUGA